UUUGUACGGCUUUUGUACAGCUAUUUGCACAUAAUUUAAUAUAGCUCUAUGGUACAGUCUGACUACGGAGAAAUACAAAUUUCUCAACGGUGAAUACAAACAACAUGUCUGAAAACGCCGUACCGUCACAGACUUUGACGGAGUACUGUAACAGUUUAGACUACUACAACGUGAAUUUUGAUGUGUAUAAUCGUGUGAGUCAAAGGAUUAACAGAUUUUCAGAUUGGAUAGACAAAAGCCUACCCAAACUUGCGGACUCAAUGGAGAUUUCCCUGCCUGCGACUGGCACAUUAAACGUGCUUAGUGUGGGCGCUGGGAAUGGCACGAUCGACAGCAGAAUCCUACCUCACCUUCGGGACAAGGUACAUCCUAACGUACGAGCUAUCUUCCUUGAGCCUGACCUUCACACGUUUCAACAGUGCCAAAACCUGGUCGGCAAGGAAUCUCCUAGGCUACAAGGUAUAGAGUUUGACUGGAGACAGCAGACAUUCCAGGAGUAUCGAUCAACCGCCAAGGAAGAAGACAAGUUUCAUUUUAUCUGCUGCUUCAACUCCAUCUACUACACGGGAGAUAUGGGGAGUUCCCUCAGAUAUCUCUACGAUAAGCUGCACAGUGGGGGUAUUCUUCUAAUCACACUAGUUGAUGGUAAAUCAGGGGGCGGGCAAUUUUGGCAGUUCCUCAACACAUCCCUUGGCCAAGAGAAAGACUUCUUCACAUCUUUUGAUUUGGAGGAGGCAUGCAGGAAGCAGAACAUUAUGAUUUCAGAGGUCCAGCCGAUUGGGAUCUACGUGAACGUCUCAUGCUGCUUCGAUCCUCCCCAAGAGCUUACCGAGGACGGGAGAUACCUUCUAGAUACCAUCACUCGAUCGGUCAACUUCGCCCAGACUGCAGCGGCUGAGCUUCGGAAGGAUGUGCUUCGGUUCUUGAGGAGUGAUACUUGCUCGUCGAUAACCGCGGACGGGCAGGUAAUCUUGGAUGGGAGUAACUCCGCUUACAUCAUACGUAGACCAUGACCAACUGGGCGUUAAAUGAGUUUCCUUCUCUCUUGACUUAGAAAACUCAGGGAAUUUUUGAGAAACACCAAUAAUCAGGAAAAACUCAGGGAAUUUGACAGUGACCCCGCACCAGGUUGGGAGGCCAACAUUUUCUUGAAUUUGAUUUUUCUCUUUCUGAAAACGCUUGAAGUGGUUUACAACUUUAGAUUAAUUAACUGAAAAACAAAUAAUUUAUUGUGCAUAUUUUACACAAAACAAAUAUCAAAUUGAUUGCUGUUCAUGUAAACUACCAUAGCAAAGUACAAUGUACCGGUAUGCUAUAAGUGCUGAAGCUGGAAAAUGAAGCUGUUUUUACAGGGUCAAUUGGUUUAAUGGCCUGCGUGUGUUUUUCUUUAGCGAUGAUUAGUCAAAGGCUGCUUAAAAAAAGAAAAGACACAAAUUAUCAGAAUCUUGGUGACAGCAAGCACAUGUGUUGAAUAAUUCACAAGUACCAGUACUACGGACAUAACAGGCUAAACGCGUAUACUGCCAGAUCUUUUCAAAACUACAUGAGCAUUUCGUGAUCUGCGCGGCGCCCGACUAAAAUCAAAACUAUGGGCAAAAUUCACCUCUCGGUAUACGGAAUUUACACAGAGUUGAAGAAAUCCAGUCUUAAAUUCUAUGAAGUUAUUUUUCGAUUGUAAAAUAAAUCCUUUGUGUACUACAUCUGGU